CACACACACACAACACAGAAACAAACCGUCACGUGACUGUCCCUCAUUAUUUCAGUUUAAAACAAAACAUUAGAAUGUUGCAAAAGAUCACAGCCUCAUGAUGUCAUCUAGAAUUCUACAGAUUCAUUUGAGUAGCAGUCAACUGAAGAAUGGCAGACCGUUUAACAGCAGAUAAACAAGAAACAAGGGAGAUAGAGGAAAUAGAGGUCGAAAAUGGCGACCUUCUGAACAUCAGCUCGAGUUGCUACCUGAUCUUGGACUUCAUGGGUGAAGGACAAUUUGGCGAAGUUGCCCUGUGUAUGAAUUUGAUCACGGCACAGGACAUGGCCCUCAAGAUUUUCAAAACUGAGGAGGGCUUUAACACGAAAAGAGAGAUCAACAUGCUGGACGUCCUGAGCGCUCUCGACCCAGUGAAGACGAACGUCGUGCAUUACUUUGAGCAGUUCACGCACAAAGGACAUACCUGUCUAGCGUUUGAGAAGCUAGACCGGAAUCUUAUCCAGUUAUUCGCAGACAGACAGUAUCAGCCACUGUCUGUCGGUGAGAUACGCCCGAUAGCACACCAGUUGCUGAAAGCCAUAGAUGCUCUGAGGGGACUUGGAGUAAUCCACUGUGACCUGAAGCCAGACAAUAUCAUGCUGGUCAACCAUGAGGACCAGCCCUUCAGAGUCAAACUUAUAGAUUUUGGCUUGUCACGUAUGACCUCGGAAAUGGGACGUGGGAUGACCAUGCAGACUCUGGGUUAUAGGGCACCUGAAAUCAUCCUGGGCCUCCCCAUCUCCACGGCAAUUGACAUUUGGGCUCUCGGCUGUGUUCUCGCAUUCCUGUUCAUCAGCGAACACAUGUUUGGGAUAUGCUGCGAGUAUCAGAUGGUGAGGAGCAUAGUCGAUGUACUGGGCCAACCUGAUUACGACCUCCUCAGUGAGGGAUAUUUCACCAGGACUUUCUUUAAGGAGAACCGGCACUGGGACCACCCUAAAUGGUUACUGAAGACCCCGUUGGAAUACCAGCAGGAAACUGGAAAAGUCCCAGAACCAAUUUGGAAAGUCUGUCCCCUGGAUAAGCUGGUUACAAUCUACCCAAUGGUGCAGGAGUACAUUGAGAUGGCCGACCGCAUCACAUUUGUCAGCCUCCUUAAAGGUCUGCUGCAAAUGGACCCUGAGCGGAGGAGCACUCCUACCGGUGCCUUGGCGCACCCUUUUCUCUCCAUGGUCCACCUGGAAAAGGAAAGAAGACCCAGCUCGUAUGUGUACACGUCAUUUAAAACAAUGACGGACUGCCAGAUGGAUGACUCAGAGGGCAAUAACAUCACACGUCCAAAUAGCAAAGACUCUGCAGCUCCCGUCUUCAAUGACAUCACAAGCCUGCCUGAUUCAGUUGAAAUAGUCUCAGUUGGAGAGGUAGCGGUCUGCAGGACAGAUGACUCUCGGGAAAGACAACGUGACGACGAGGCUGAGGAGAAGCUCCAAGUUGAGGGUCUUCCAGCCAUCCUUUCCAGUCUCGGCCUCGGCUUGCACCAAUGGAGACUGUACAAACCUGCCUGAUGGAGCAGCAUCUGUUGGAGCUGAAGGUGGCGCAGCUGAAGGGGAACCAGCUGUAUGCCGAGAUGCAGCCAGAAGUGAUCCGGCCGCGGAGACGUCGACUCCUGAUGGGUCAGCUGAUGUAUGUGCACCUGUCAAAGGAAAGAGCCGCCUGAGGAGGAUCCGCAAGUUCUUCGGCAGGGCGAUGAGGACUGUUUUCAGACUGAAAAAGUAAAUGUACAUGAAAAAACAGUAAUCAAAAUAAACAUUAAUAAUCCGUUUAAUCCAUUCCUGUGUGUCUUUUGGAGAUUAACUAUUAUGUCUGAUAAAUUUGUGUAUUCCUCAAUAAAAAAAGUAA